AUGGGCAGUCUUCAUGAAAACAAUGUCUAUUUUUCCUCAUCAAAAGUAGUUGGUGAAUUUAAACCACUUGACCCUGAGGAAUUCAGAAGACAAGCCCACCAAAUGGUCGACUUCAUAGCUGAUUACUACAAAAACAUUGAAAACUACCCAGUUCUUAGCCAAGUUGAGCCAGGAUAUCUCCGAAACCGUCUCCCCGAAACACCGCCGUAUAAGCCUGAACCAUUCGACAACAUUCUCAGGGAUAUUCAAAACGACAUAAUCCCUGGAAUGACUCAUUGGUUAAGCCCUAACUUCUUUGCAUUCUUCCCCGCAACCGUGAGCUCAGCUGCGUUCGUCGGGGAGAUGCUUUGCACUUGCUUCAACGCUGUCGGGUUCAACUGGCUCGCCUCCCCGGCCGCCACCGAGCUUGAGAUGGUUGUGAUGGAUUGGUUGGCUCAGCUGCUUAAACUUCCCAAGUCUUUCAUGUUUUCCGGCUCUGGCGGUGGUGUCAUUCAAGGAACCACCAGUGAAGCCAUCCUCUGUGCCCUUGUUGCCGCCCGUGACCGGGCUCUCAAGAGCCUCGGCGCCACCGGAAUCAGCAAGCUUGUAGCUUAUUGCUCCGAUCAGACUCAUUCUACGUAUUCUAAAGCUUGCAAGUUGGCUGGUAUUUUUCCAUGCAACAUUAGAAUAAUUCCCGCGUCCGCUGAUAGCAACUUUGCCUUAUCCCCUGUUGUCCUACGUGGAGUGAUCGAAGCUGACGUGGCAUCAGGCUUGGUCCCACUUUUUCUUUGUGCUUCUGUGGGGACCACUUCAACCACAGCCGUCGACCCAGUGAGUCAGCUCGCUGAGGUGGCAAAUGAGCACGAGGUCUGGAUUCACGUGGAUGCAGCCUACGGAGGCAGCGCAUGCAUUUGUCCCGAGUUCCGACACUAUUUAGAUGGAGUCGAGCGAGUUGAUUCACUGAGUCUAAGCCCGCAUAAGUGGCUACUCAGUUACUUGGACUGUAGUUGCUUGUGGGUCAAGAAACCCGACUUGCUAGUUAAGGCGCUCAACACAAAUCCGGAGUAUUUGAAAAACAAACGCAGCGAGUUGGGUUCGGUGGUGGAUUAUAAGGAUUGGCAAAUCGGAACCGGCAAACGAUUCAAAGCACUCCGAUUGUGGCUCAUUAUGCGGAGCUAUGGUGUCGCAAAUCUUCAGAGUCACAUUCGAUCAGAUGUCCGAAUGGCCAAGAUGUUUGAAGGGUUUGUCAAGUCGGACCCAUGGUUCGAGAUAGCCGUGCCAAGAACCUUUUCACUGGUGUGUUUUAGGUUGAACCCGUUCAAAGAAUCCGACCCGUUUUACGUCAAACUUCUCAACAAGAAACUCCUGGACUCAGUUAACUCAACGGGUCGACUCUACAUGACUCACUCUGUAGCUGGUGAAGUGUACAUGCUGAGAUUUGCAGUGGGAGCCACACUCACAGAAGAACGCCACGUGUGUGCCGCUUGGAAGUUAAUAAAAGAGUCAGCGGAGGCUUUGCUCAAGCGGAGUUAUCACAACAUUGUUUGAAGUGUUUGAUAAGGCUGCUAUUGUUAAUUUGCUGCCUAGUAUCCGACAAAAAUGUUGGAUGGUUUUAUAGUUUUCAGGUUAAGUCAAAAGCAAUCUUGAAAGUAUAAAUACUACUACUACUACUGCUACAUGUAUUUGCCCUAUGACUAU